CCAUCUCUACUGGUGCGUCAUUUUAGAAACGCCGCGAAUAUUUUGCCGUUGAGGAUCAUUUUCUGUUGUAAUUUCACUGCGCGCCACCCAAACAUACGCAUCUAAAAUGUCGGGAACUUCGCAGAAACACAGGAACUUUGUGGCGGAGCCGAUGGGCAACAAAUCGGUGACGGAAUUGGCCGGAAUCGGAGAAACUCUUGGAGGACGCUUGACGGAAGCUGGAUUCGACAAGGCCUACAUCGUUUUGGGACAGUACCUAGUGCUAAAGAAGGACGAGGAGCUCUUCAAGGACUGGAUGAAGGAAGUGUGCCACGCGAGUUCCAAACAGGCCUCCGAUUGUUACAACUGUCUGAACGACUGGUGUGAGGAGUUCUUGUAAGAGGAGUCACGAGGGAUACGUGUGCUUCUAAAGAGAAUCUUCGAAAGACAAUGGCAAAUCAACUAAAUGCUCAGUUGAGCAAAGUGGCGCAUAUCGAGCUAAGCAUUUGCGGUGUUCAUGUCUAUAACCCUAUUAGUAUGUAGUUAAGAUGUAUUUUUAAUGUCUAACCGAACUAAAUGUACAGUCAUUCAAAGGA